CUGUUAUUCCUUUUCCAAGUUUGAAUUCACUGUUUCUUUGACUUGAAUCAAGCAUAAUGACAGAAAAAUAUGAGGGAGUUGCGAUCGGAAUUGACCUUGGCACGACUUACUCAUGUGUUGGAGUGUGGCAGGAGCAAAAUGAUCGUGUUGAAAUCAUACACAAUGACCAAGGAAACAGAACAACUCCCUCUUGUGUUGCUUUUACUAAUUCUCAAAGAUUGAUCGGUGAUGCUGCCAAAAAUCAAGCUGCUACUAAUCCAUCCAAUACUAUCUUUGAUGUAAAGAGGUUAAUUGGAAGGAAGUAUAGUGAUUCCAUCGUUCAGAUGGAUCGACUUUUGUGGCCCUUUAAGGUCAUCUCCGGUGCUAACAACAAACCAACAAUCAUUGUGAAGUACAUGGGUAAGGAAAAACGUUUUGUAGCUGAAGAAAUAUCAUCUGUGAUUCUCUCAAAGAUGCGAGAGAUUGCAGAAGCAUUUUUGGAGUCUCCUGUUAAGAAUGCAGUGAUUACUGUACCUGCUUAUUUUAAUGAUUCACAACGAAGAGCCACUAAAGAUGCAGGUGAAAUUGCUGGUCUCAAUGUAAUGCGGAUAAUCAAUGAACCGACUGCGGCAGCUCUUGCAUAUGGCCUUCAAAAGAGAGCUAAUUUUGUUGAUAAGAGAAAUAUUUUUAUCUUUGACCUUGGCGGUGGAACUUUUGAUGUGUCUAUUCUCACAGUUAAGGAUAACAACUAUGAAGUCAAGGCCACUGCUGGAGACACUCACCUGGGAGGUGAAGAUUUUGAUAACAGAAUGUUGACUCACUUUGUGAAGAAGUUCAAGAAGAAGAACAACGAGGAUAUUAGUAGGAACCCAAAAGCCUUGAGGAGGUUAAGAACAGCUUGUGAGAGGGCAAAAAGGACACUUUCAUAUGAUACUGAGGCCACAAUUGAGCUAGAUGCUAUAUAUAAGGGAAUUGACUUCAGUUCAUCAAUAACCCGGGCCAAGUUUGAGGAAAUGAAUAUGAACCUCUUUGAAAAGUGUAUGGAAACUGUUAAUAGUUGUCUUGCUGAUGCUAAGAUGGAAAAGAAUAGUGUAGAUGAUGUUGUCCUUGUUGGUGGUUCUUCUAGGAUUCCUAAAGUGAGGCAGCUAUUACAAGAGUUUUUCCAGGGGAAGGAAUUAUGCAACAGCAUUAACCCUGAUGAGGCUGUUGCUUACGGUGCAGCUAUUCAGGCUGUUUUGCAUAGUGAAAGCGUUAAGAGUGUUCCAAACUUGGUUUUGCGAGAUGUUACACCAUUGUCACUUGGUGUCUCAAUUAGGGGAGAUAUUAUGAGUGUGGUGAUUCCAAGGAACACUUCCAUUCCUGUCAAAAGGACUAACGAAUAUGUUACUACUGAAGAUGACCAAAGCACUGUCCUGAUUAAGGUUUAUGAGGGUGAGAGAUUAAAAGAUAGUGACAACAACUUGCUUGGUUUGUUUUCUCUUUCACUUCCUCUCGCACCUCGAGGUCAUCCUCACAAAGUAUGCUUUACAAUAGAUGCUGAUGGAAUUUUGAACGUCUCUGCAGUGGAAGAAACCAGUGGCAAUAAAAAUGAAAUUACAAUAACUAAUGAGAAGGGAAGAUUAUCAAGGGGACAAAUUGAGAGAAUGAUCCAGGAAGCUGAGAAUUUCAAGGCUCAAGACAUGAAGUUCAAAAAGAAAGUUGAAGCAAGAAAUGCUUUGGAUGAUUAUCUUUACAAAGUAAGAAAAGUAAUGAAGAACGAUAGUACUAGCUCAAAGCUCACUCCUGUAGACAAAGAGAAGAUCAACUCAGCAAUGACCAAGGGAAAAAGUUUGAUUGGUGAUAGCCAGCAAGAAGAUACCUUUGUGUUUGUGGACUUUCUGAAGGAGCUUGAGAGCAUCUUUGAAUCUGCUAUGAACAAGAUCAACAAAGGUGACUCUGAUGAGAAAAGUGAUUCGGAUUCUUAGCAAUAAUUUUUUGUUAU